AUGUUAGUUAGUAGAAUGGAUUUAGGAGUUGGUGUAUUGGAUGAUUGUAUAUAUGCAGUUGGCGGACGUGAUGGCAACAGUUCUUUAAAAAGUGUAGAGGUUUUUGAUGUCAGUACCCAAAAAUGGAGAAUGGUGUCUAGUAUGACAAUUGAGAGACGUAAUGUGGGUGUUGGUGUACUCAAUAAUCGUCUAUAUGCGGUUGGUGGUUCUGCAAAUGGUAACGGUUUGAAAUCUGUUGAAUAUUAUGAUUCCACACUUGACAUAUGGACUCCGGUUGCAGAAAUGUCUGAGUGUCGUCGAGAUGUUGGUGUAGGGGUUUUGGAUGGUCUUAUGUACGCAAUUGGUGGCGUUAAUGAAAGGGUGUCUCUUAAAAGUGUUGAGGUUUAUAGACCAAGUGAUGGAGUUUGGUCUUCUAUAGCUGAUAUGAAUUUACCCCGAUGUUUACCUGUAGUAGCCGUAUUAGAUGGUUUAUUUUGA